GAUAUCGGGUCUCGGGAGUCGGCGAAGUGGCGAUAAAUUCAGCAUAGCUCUUCAAAGCCAGCGGGCUCGAAAGUUGGGUCAAAUAUCUCUCUAUGUCUCCAGUUUCCUUUUGUUCAUGGAUUACCAUUGUUCUUUAGCGAGGUAUGGGAUGCUAUGAUUGAUGCACUCGUUUUAACCUGAAUCUCAUCAUUAUUUAAGACAUUCCCUGCUCUUUCUCCCCGCUGCCCUCCCCACCGUUGGUCCCGCCGCUGCUAUCCAUCAGAUUUAGCUGGUUAUACGUCGCAUUUCUCAUCAUGGCUCUAAACUCGCCCCCAAAUAAAGUCGCCAUUAUCGGCGCAGGUCUAGGGGGCCUUACAAUGGCGCUUGCUCUGCAUGGCCUGAAUAUCCCUUGUACUGUGUACGAGGCGCGCUCAGAAGAUUACGGGCGAGAUGGUGGCAUCAUGCUUGCACCGAAUGCUUUGCGUGUGCUUGACAGUGUCGAUGUCUACAAGCGAGUGCGAGAUAACGCAUUGCAGUUUGACGUCCUGACUUUUAAAGAUAUGCAGAACAAAACCACCGACGAAUACUAUUUUGGCUCCGAGAAACUCUACGGCUAUAGUGCCAUGCGUGUCAUGCGUCAGGAAUUAACGGACAAGUUGAAAACUGCAGUGCGGGAGCGCAACAUCCCCCUGCAUUACAAUGCCAGAUUCACGAAUGUCGUCUCUGAUGGCCCUAACAAGGUCGAGUUUACUUGCGGAGAUGGUCAGACUGCAUCCGCAGCCCUUUUAAUAGGAGCUGACGGCAUCCACUCAGCUGUACGACAGACCUUUUUACCUCAAGUACGACCUGUCUACUCGGGCUUCGUCUUCAUCAACAGCGUCGUGAAGCGGUCGCAACUCCGACUUCCUGAUAAUUAUAGUCUACCUGCAACUGUCAUGGGAAAGAUGGGCGCUUUUCUGCUUCUUCCUCAGACACCAGACGGGUCUGAAAUAUUCGUUGGAACGCAGCGAAGGUUUGAAGAGCAAGACGCUGCGGGCUGGGAUUCCCUGAGAAAUGAUAAACAGAGACUUUAUGACAUGCUUCAGGAGGGUAAAAGCGAGUGGCCUGAUGUGGUACAAUCAGCACUAGAGGUUGCUCCUGUUAACGAGAUGGGAUUUUGGGCCUUUCACAGCAUCCCGCCUUUGGAAUCAUGGACCUCUGAAUCGAAGAGAAUCAUACUCGUCGGAGAUGCAGCACAUGCGAUUCCACCUACAGCGGGGCAAGGUGCCAACCAGGCCUUUGAAGAUGUACGAGCCUUGGCCACCCUCCUUUCCAAGCUCUCGCCAGAUAUGCCGCUAGACAAGGCUGUUGCUCGGUGGCAAACGUAUCGUCAACAUCGAGUGAAGAAGGUCCUAGAUUUGACGAUGCAAAUGAAUGCGAAGCGGCUCCCUGAGUCCGAGAGGGCGAAGUUGCCGCCAGGAGCAAUCUGGAGUGAUCAGUCACUUACGCGCGGCGAUGGAGGGGAGCUACGUUGGCUAUACGACCCUGAUAUGGUGCAGCAGGCGGAGGAAUGGGCGCGGGAGCUGAAGGAAGCGCCAAGAGAUUGAAUGAUACUCUAAAGUAGGCUCCAUCUGCGAGGCUUUUUCAAUACAGGCGGGUUUUGCUUGUCUCAGAACAUAGGGUAUGGUUUCGGUCAGCCCAGCAGUUCUGUAGGUAGUAAGAUGACCCAGUAGAAUGGAUGCUCCCUGUCCUUCGAAUUCCCUCAGCAUGAUUCCAUAGCUCUUCAAUGCCCAACUAGAAAUUUCAUACUCGAUGUCUCACAUACCAUAUACACUCCGGCUUACAGGUGAGAGCACAGGGGAGAGAACGCAUCUACGGAUCAGUCAGAUUAAACUGAAACAAUUGACCCAGGGGUUGGCAAUUUAUCAAUCAAACCAAAGCUAAAGGAUUGAAAAAAACCUUGACAGUGGUUACCGCGAUGGUCGGUGGCGCGAGUAAGACUCUGUAAGGCAAGCAUCAGCGGUGUGUGUACACCAAUACAAAAAGCAAUGACCCAACAGGAAUCUUUUUACCAGUGCUAUACGGAAUAAUCAAGGUCUUGUAACUAUCUAAUUACUAUAUAUAGUCUUAACAGAAAAUGAG